AUGGCCAUGCAAGCACAGAAGAUGAGGUGUGCUUGGGGCAGGCUUUGCCUGCUUCUUUCCCUCCUCCUCCAGCUGCCAGGCUCCCAGGCCAAAUGCUACUUCCAAGCUAAAGCUCCCUGUGAGUAUGAGGGGAAACAGUUCUCCCUUGGGGAAUCAUGGCUGAGCACCAACUGCCUGCUCUGCACCUGCCUGCACCCCAUUGGCGUGGGCUGUUGUGAGACCACCCAGCACCCAAUCGACUUCCCUGACUGGUGCGAGGCCCACUAUGACUCCCAGACUUGCCAGAUCUCGGUCGUGCAGAAGGCCAACCCCAGCCUGCCGUGCGUGAAGAGCGUGGAGCACGAGUGGGGCUCGGCUGGCACCCCUGAGCCGCUGGUGAACAAGGUGCUGGGCGCGGGGCUGAGCAGAUAG